CGGCGGCGAGAGGAGGACCCCCGGCCGCCCAGGCAGAGAUGGAGACCAAAGGCUACCAUAGUCUCCCUGAAGGUCCAGAUAUGGAAAGACGGUGGGGUCAAGUUUCUCAGACUGGAGAACCUUCUUCUCUGGGGCCUACAGAGAGGACUGAUGAGAAUAAGUACAUGGAGAUUGUCGACGUAAACUGUGUUUCCGGUGCUAUUCCGAACAACAGUACUCAAGGAAACAGUAAAGAAAAACACGAACUAUUCCCCUGUCUGCAGCAAGACAGCAGUCGGUCUGGAAUUGUAACAUCUGAUGUUAAAACGGAGCUGGAAUCUAAAGAACUCUCGACCACUGUGGCCGAAUCCAUGGGUUUAUACAUGGAUUCUAUCAGAGAUGCUGAGUACACUUAUGAUCAACAGAACCAACAAGGAAGCAUCAGCCCAGCCAAGAUUUACCAAAACAUGGAGCAGCUGGUGAAAUUCUAUAAAGAGAAUGGCCAUCGGCCUUCAUCUCUGAGUGGUGUGAGCAGGCCUUUGAGGCCCUUCAUGCCUGACUCCGGAUGCUCCGUGAAUGGUGGGGUCAUGCGUGCCGUUGUGAAGAGCCCCAUCGUAUGUCAUGAGAAGAGUCCCUCGGUCUGCAGCCCUCUUAACAUGGCAUCUUCGGUGUGCAGCCCUGCUGGCAUCAACUCCGUCUCCUCUACCACAGCCAGCUUUGGCAAUUUCCCAGUGCACAGCCCCAUCACUCAAGGGACCCCUCUGACAUGCUCCCCUAACAUCGAAACCCGAGGCUCCCGGUCGCACAGCCCCGCACAUGCUAGCAAUAUGGGCUCCCCUCUUUCGAGCCCCUUAAGCAGCAUGAAGUCCCCAAUUUCCAGCCCGCCAAGUCAUUGCAGCGUCAAAUCUCCAGUCUCCAGUCCCAACAACGUCAUGCUGAGCUCCUCUGUGUCCAGCCCGGCAAAUGUCAACAACUCAAGGUGCUCUGUGUCCAGCCCUUCCAACACUAACAACAGAUCCACGCUUUCCAGCCCCACAGCCAGCACUGUGGGGUCCAUCUGCAGCCCCAUGGGCAAUGCUUUCAACUAUGCUCCUUCUGGCUCCUCUGCUGGAGCCAGUGCCAGCCGCGAUGUGGUAUCCAGUCCAGACACCCACGAGAACGGUGCUCCCGCAGUCCCUUUCCCCAAGACUGAGGAAGUCGAGAAUGCCAUCUCAAACGGUGUGACUGGCCACCUCAACAUUGUCCAGUACAUAAAACCAGAACCAGAUGGAGUUUUCAGCAGCUCGUGUCUAGGGGGAAAUAGCAAAAUGAAUCCCAGUUCUCCAUUCUCAGUACCAAUAAAGCAAGAGUCAACCAAGCACUCGUGUUCAGGUGCCUCUUUUAAAGGGAACCCACCAGUAAACCCGUUUCCAUUCAUGGAUGGCUCGUAUUUUUCCUUUAUGGAUGACAAAGACUAUUAUUCCCUGUCAGGAAUCUUAGGACCACCUGUACCGGACUUUGAUGGUAACUGUGAAGGCGCUGGAUUCCCACUGGGGAUUAAGCAAGAACCAGAUGAUGGGAGCUAUUAUCCCGAGGCCAGUAUCCCUUCAUCAGCCAUUGUUGGUGUGAAUUCGAGUGGUCAGUCCUUUCACUACAGGAUUGGUGCUCAAGGUACAAUAUCUUUAUCACGAUCACCAAGAGACCAGUCUUUCCAACACCUGAGUUCCUUUCCUCCUGUCAAUACGCUAAUGGAGUCUUGGAAAUCACACAGUGACCUGUCCUCUAGAAGAAGCGAUGGGUAUCCGGUCCUAGAAUACAUUCCAGAAAACGUAUCAAGGAUGGAUUUGCUGCUAGUACCUGAGGGGCAGAAGCGAAGAAUAGAAGUCUUUGAAGUGCCGCUGUCAAGCAUCUUUAAAGAGCAUCAUAUCACGUAUCACCAGCCUGAGGAAAGAUUGCAAUUCAACAUCAAGGUCAAUUUGUACUGA